AUGAGUGAUGAUGAUGAUGUUGAGGAACUUGAAAAUGAAUCAGAGGCUGUUAGGAAAGAACCAACCAUUGAGAAAUCUGCUCUUGUUUCAGCACCACCCAAAGAUGCUGAAAGGCAACUGUCAAAGAAGGAGCUUAAGAAAAAGGAAAUGGCAGAGCUGGAUGCACUUCUACAUGAAAUGGGCAUUGCAAAUAAAGAUAGUAAUACUACACAAAAUGAGACAGCUAGAUGGAGAAACUGCAAGCCAACUACAUGUGAGGAUCAAGGAUAUUCUCAAUGGCCUACACAUGAUCAGACAUUAACUAGAGAAUCACGACGUUAUCAGGUACUUCGAAGGGAACUAAACCCGAAGCUGAAACUGAAUUCGAAUCAGAAGCAAAUGAAGAAGAGUAGCUGGUGA